CCAUCAACACCCUUCGCUUCCACUCCCGGGGGCUCGAUGUACUAUUUGGACCGAGCCGACAUUUCGUGGAGCAUCCGGUGCACAACGUUGUAAAGAGAAUGGAGCCAGUACAGAAUGCAGAAUUCACUGAACUGUACAGAAAUGGAAGUGAUGGAGCCGAAAUGGCUUCCAGUGAAUGUUUUGAGGACAUCAGAAAGGAUCUGGACCGUGAACUUAGCAGAGAAGAAAAUUCGAGUUCAUCGCAAGCGGUUCUCCAGCAACCCAGUUUGAUUUCGAAGAAACAUAUGCUUGUUUACCUUCGUAUUCGACCUUUCACUGAAACUGAAAUAGCACAACAUGAAUCUCAGGAUUGUAUUGCAAUAGAAAACCCAACUAGUGUGAUUCUGAAAGCUCCCAGAAAUUCCAUGAGUUCUCGAUGUAAUGAUCGAGGAAUCGGCCAGGUGGCUCAGCGGUUUACAUUUUCUCAUGUUUUUGGACCAGAGACUAAACAGAAAGAAAUAUUUGAUGGAACAGUAAAACCACUCAUUGAGGAAGUUAUGAAUAGACAAAAGUGUUUGGUUUUUACGUAUGGUGUUACCAAUGCAGGGAAAACCUACACAUUUCAAGGUCCAGACCAUGAUGUUGGUAUCUUGCCACGGACCAUGUGUGUUUUGUUCAACAGUAUCCAAGGAAAAAUGUAUCAAAAAAUGAACAUUAAACCGCAGAGAUCCAUUGAUUUUUGCAAAUUAACAGAAACUCAAGUAAAAGAAGAGGCGAUUCAUAAAAACUCAGUACUUCACCAUUUCAGAGAAAGUGAUCAAUGCAAUGGUAGCAAUCACCAGAGUUCAGUGGAUACUACUGAAACAGGAAGUUUGCACAACACGUUUAAUAUUCCAGUAUACUUUGCUGAACCGUUAAAGGAAUCUGAAAGGGUCCAAAUUGAUGCUCCACAGAAUGUCGUAUUUUCAGUCUGGGUUUCAUUUUUUGAAAUAUACAAUGAAACUAUUUAUGAUUUACUGGACCCAAUUCCACACAAGAAUCAAAAAAGAAAAAUGCUUCGCCUUGCUCAGGAUGCCAAAGGCAACCCUUAUGUGAAAGACCUGACAUGGAUUCAGGCUUCCAAUGCAGAAGAAGCAUAUAAAAUCUUAAAAGUUGGGAGGAAGCAUCAAAGUAUUGCUUCUACAAAGAUGAACAAUCUUUCCAGUAGAAGUCACUGUAUAUUUUCAAUAAGAGUUUUGCACGUGGAAGAUGGUCCCCUUCGUGUAUUAAGAGUCAGUGAAUUAUCCCUUUGUGAUCUUGCGGGUUCAGAGCGAAAUGCAAAAACAGAAAAUGAUGGGGACAGAUUGAAAGAAGCUGGAAAUAUUAACACAUCUCUGCUCAUUCUUGGCAAGUGCAUCAAUGCAUUGAAGCAUAAUCAAUUUUCAAAGACACACAACCAUGUUCCAUUCAGGGAAAGCAAGCUUACUCGCCACUUCCAGGGCUUUUUCUGUGGGAAAGGGAAAGCUUGCAUGAUUGUCAAUAUUAACCAGUGUGCUUCUAUGUAUGAUGAAACAUUGAAUGGAUUGAAGUUCUCUGCAGUGGCACAAAAGGUUCUCAUUGAUACUUCAAAGUGUCGCCCAGGCCUCUUAAUUCAAAAGAAAUCAGCCAGAGAUGUUUCUAUGAUCAUCAACAAUGCUGAAAAUAAAACUUUGCUGACAAAAAGAGAAACUAUGGCUUGGGAAACUACCUUGGAGGAUCUUGCAGAAGUUGAGAAUGAGGAUGCUGAAACUGAGAACAUAGCAGAUGUGAAACUGAACAAAGAAGAUGAUGAAGAUGAUGAUGAUGAAGAUGAUGAUGAUGAUGAUGACGACGAUGAUGACGAUGAUAAAGAUGAUGAUAAAGAAGAGGAAGAGAGUGUUGUAUUAAGCAAAAACAAAUAUGAGAAACUAUUGCAUUGCAUCGAAGACCUAAAAAAUAAACUGAUUGAGGAAAAAAAAGAAAAAGUGACUAUGGAGAUGAAAAUCCGAGAAGAAGCUGGCCAAGAAAUAGAAAACUACAUUGCACAGUGGGAAAGCAAUUUAAGUGAUCGUCUAAAGGAAGAUAAGCAGUUAAUGGAGGACAGGACUGAGAAAAGAUUUGAAAUCUUCCAGAACUUGGUGAAAACUUUUGCUGCAAUUGAUAAAGAAAUUGACAAAGACACUGUUCCUGAUACUGAAGCCAUUACUGAACAGGCAAAACAUCCUGAAAAUGUGGUUAAUAUUAAUGUUUCGGAAUACAUAGAGUCUUUAGAACCAGAUGUUGCCGAUAUCAAGAGACAUGCUGAACUGGCCCUUCACCACAUAACUACUCUUCCAGAGCCCGAGGACACAAUUGUUAAUUUAAAAGCUGAAUUGUCUCGUGUAGUUCAGGAACUUCACGAAACUCAAGAAGCUCUGAGAAACAAAACCGCUGAACUAGAUGUGUACAGAAAAUCAACUGAAAACUUGGCAAAUCAACAACUGGAGGAAGCCGAAAAGGAGAAGACUAUUAAAAAUAUUCAAGGAAUAUGGGAAGAAAAUCGAAUGAUUGAAGAUCAGAACGUUGCAUCAGUACAAGAUCUUUCAGCUGUGAAUAGAAAACGGCCUUCUGAAACUUACCACGGACCGGAGAACCAGCCACCUUCAAAGAAAGGACAAUUUAACAAAGAUGUAUAUAAUUGCACCAGCAUGAAAACUCUAGAAGAGAAAGUUGAAGAAAUAAGAAGGGAGCUAUCAAAUAAAGAGUUAGCAUUGAUAACAUUAAAAGCAAAAGUACAGUCUUUGGAUAGUCUUCUAGAUUUAACUAAAGAAGAUCUUCAAAGUGAGAGAAUUUCAAAGGAAAGGCUCAGUAACGAAGUAGAAGUACUUAAGUUAGAACUGGCAUCCUCGGGUCAGAGGAUUUUCAAAUUAACUGAAGAUGUUAUGAUUCAAAAGUCUAAUUUUGAAAGCUUGAUUUCUGAGAUUAGCUUUCAGAAAGAAACGAAUGAGCAGCAAUCUGAAAAGGCCAAACUGUUUCAGUUAGAACUAGAAUUUGUCAGGCAGGAUAGAGCAGACAAAGAAUUGCAGAUUAAAAUGUUGGAGGAAAAUCUAGUCAAACUGAGUGGCUUCCAGACUGAAGCUCAGGAGUGUAUGGUGGAUCUGAAAAAUACUAAAAGUGCCUUGGAGGAAGUAAAAGAAGAAUCGGUGAAGAAAACUAUUAAAAUUGAAUCUUUGCAAAGACAACUAUCUGACCUUGAUCAAGAGUUACAUCAAGCACAGGCUAAAGCAGUUAGACAAGAUACGACUCAUUUCCAUAAAAUUAUUGAAUCAAUGCAGAAGGAAUGUGAGCAAAUAGCUACCCUAUCAUCCAAAAAAACCAGCAAUGAAGAAUUAAAGCAGCAGAUUGAAUUGCUGAAUAAUGCAAAAGCUGAUCUUCAGAAUGAAUGUACUGAACUAAAACAAAAUGAAGCCACAAUUCAAACCUCACUGGAAGAAAAAAGUGACCUCUUCCAACAGUUAAAAGCAAAACUUGAAGAAACUGAAUGUAAACUGAAUAUUGCAGUGCAAGCUUCAGUACAGGACAAAGAAAAUCAUUCAGAGCUUCAAAAACAGAUGAAAAAUCACAAAAGCAAAAUAAAAGCUAAAGACUUGGAAAUUUCCAAAUGUCAAACCAAUAUAACCAGACUUGAAGAGCAAUUGAAAGAGAGGGAGUCUUUAAUUACUGACUUGCAAAAUAAUUUAAAAGGGGUGGAAGAGAAAUUUCAAGAGUCAGAAAGAUGUGUUGGAAAUUUUGAAGCCCGGGAAACUAAGCUGAGAGCAGAAGUCCAAGAAAUCCAAGAUGAUCUGACGGUGAUAAAUGAUAUGUUAUCUAAGAACAGAGAAUUGGAAAACAAACUGUUAGAAAUUGUGCAGCUGAAGAAAGAUCUUUCAGAUAAUUCUUCAAAAAGUCAAAUAUUGGCAGAUGAGCUGCAGAGGAAAGAUGAGGAAUACAGUGACCUCAAGGAAAAAUACAUGGAUGCCAAGAAACAGAUACAACAAGUGGAGAAGGAGAUUUCCACAAAGCGUGAAGAAGAGAAAUGUGUAAGGCACAAACUUCAAGAACUUGAAAGAAUGAAGAAUCAAAUGGCUCAAGAUCUUGAGGCUAAGGAACGGAUUAUCCAACAGUUUAAGAGGGCUUGUUCUAGUGAAACAGAUUUACAGAAAAAGGUAGCGUUAUUGACGAUUACUUUAGAGCAAAAGAAUGCAACUUUGAUCAAACUAGAAAAGGACUUGGAAGAAUAUGGAACGACAAACAGUGUGAAAGAACAGCAGUUCACAGAGGCCAAAGAAGGGCAGAAGCUAAAUAAAGAUUCAAGUCAUUACCCCAAUCAGAAGCCAGACAUUGUGUUAACUGAUAAAACAGAAGAAUCUGUGCAUUUUCAACAGACUACUUCCAAAGAGCUUCAAGAAAAAGAGAGAAUGAUUCGAGAUCUGAAAAUUGUGCUAUCUGAACAAGAGCAGACUCAGACUGAACAAGAUGAAGUGCUUGAAAAAAAGCAGAAAGAGAUUGAACAACUCAAUACAGAAUUGGAGAAGCAGAGACUACGAAUCAAUGACCUUACGGAAAAAUGUAAUAAAAUUGAACACCAUCACUUGACACAAAAUAAAAAUGAGGAAUAUAGUAGAGAGGUAGAAUCAUUCCAAAACGAAAUUGAAGUUUUAAAAAAACAUUUGAUGGAAUUGGAAGCUAAACAGAAAGAUGACCGGAAAAAAUGUCAGGCAGAGAAGUUGGUUCUCAUUAAACAAACCAAGGAAGCUGAAGACAGACGCAAUAAAGAGAUGAGAAAAUGGGCAGAAGAAAGAGAACAUCAUUCCAAAUCACAGGAAAACCUUACAUCCGAGCUGGUCCAGAAAGAUGCAAAAUUGCAGAAAUGGCGAGAAGAGAGGGACAACCUGGUAAAAGAGCUGGAAGUCCAACUUAAGAAUCUUAUGGCAAGUAAUAUCCAGAAAGAUAAAGAAAUAGAAAGAUUAAAAGCUUCUAGUCAAAGAUCUCAAGAAGAGUUCAUCCAUGACCAGUCAGAAAUUGUGCUGGAUUCAUCAGAAGUUUCAACAGAAAAUGGAGAAAGAACAAGCAGAUUCCCAAAACCUGAAUUGGAGAUUCAAUUCACACCACUUCGACCAAACAAGAUGUCAGUGAAAGAACAAGGUUGCGACUCAUCAAUUACUGUGAAGUGUCCCAGAUACAACAGAAAAAGGAAAAGCACUGAAAUGGACCAGCGUGCUAUGCAUUCAAGGUGCUGGAAAAGCAAUUCUAGAAAAAGAUCCACAGCAUCUGGCAUUUGUAAGGAUAAUGAAGACAGUGAAAACAAGAAAAAUGUCAUGAAAAGUAGAAUUGCAAAUAACAUUUCUCCAAAAUUUCCUAUGCCCUCUGUCAACAGUCCUGCUAAAGAGGUGAAAAAAGGAAAAUACAAAAGACCUACAGUACAACUGGGUAGGCAAACCUCUGCCUCAAGUCUGAGGUCACCUAGGAAAAAGGAUGGGACCCUGCAGAAAAUUGGAGAUUUCUUACAAAAGUCCCCAACAGCACUUCAGUUCAAAGCCAAGAAAUUUAUGGGUACAUUGAGUUCUCCCAAGAAUCCAGAGGUUGAAAUAGCCUACAAUAAUGAAACAAAACCCAAAAGAUCAAGAAGGAAGCUGUACAAAAAAGAUAUAUCAUCCCCUAUGGAUAUUGCAUGUCAACCAAUAAUGGAGUUGAAUGAAAAAGAAAGUGAUCACGCUAUCAUGAAGAGACGGUUGCGUGCAAGAACAACUAAAGCAACAAAGUGAUGUAUUGGGUUUCUUCAAACGGAAUCGUGNUUUUUUUAAACUUAAACAAUCAAUGUUUUUUCUUAAAUCUGAGUAGAUGUAAAUUUUUUUUUGCUGAUUUAGUAUUUGCUACCUAUCAAUAAACAUAUAUAGUCAAA